UGUCAGUCAGCACAUCAAGAGAGAGUUUCGUAUUUUUUCAUUAAUUUACUUUUGCAACUUUAUUCUGAGUUAAAUUGACUAAUAGCAUAUGCAAUGGAAACCUACGAAAGCGUCCUUCUCGUGAAAAAUGAAGUUUUCGUUUUUAAAAUUCCUCCAAAGACAUCCAAUAGGGGGUACAGGGCGGCUGAUUGGAAUUUACAAGAGCCUCAAUGGACAGGCCGCAUGCGACUUGUAUCCAAGGGGGAAGAGCUGAUUAUGAAAUUAGAAGAUAAAACAUCAGGAGAAUUAUUUGCAAAAUGUCCUAUUGAUAAAUAUCCAGGAGUAGCAUUGGAGUCUGUGACUGACAGUUCGCGUUACUUUGUAGUUAAGAUUCAAGACGAUAAUGGAAGAACUGCUUAUAUUGGCUUGGGAUUUGGUGAUAGGUCUGACUCAUUUGACCUCAAUGUUGCUUUGCAAGAUCACUUUAAGUGGUUGCGAAAGGAACAGGAGGGAGAUCAAGCUCCAUCUCAGCAACUUGAUUUGGGUUUCAAGGAAGGUGAAACUAUUAAAAUCAAUAUGAAAAUUACCAAAAAGGAUGGAAACGAAUCAAGUAAGCCUCGGCGUGGUCUCGGCUCUAAUGCCAUUGGGGGCUUGCUCCCGCCACCGCCUGGCGGGUCGAGGCUUCCCCCACCUCCGUCUCCGCAGCACGCUCCCUCACCAUCCACGGCUGUCCCCCCUCAGGCAGCUAACUCGGAAUGGGGAGACUUCAAUUCUGCCAGCACUACCAGCCAAAAACCAGCAGCAUCCGCCAACCAGCAGAACUGGGUGCAGUUUUGAAGAUGUGUGGUGAGCAUGUGAUUGAUGUCAGCAGUGCAAAACGUGUUUAGAGUGAAUUGAUGCACAAUACUUACAUAAAAAUAUACUUAAUGAGUUAGAAAUAGCAUAUCAGUUGUCUAAUAUGACUGAGAACAUAAUAUUAAUAAUAUUUAAAUGUAUUGUACACAGGUGCAUCAUCAACAAUUAAAGAUUUAAUGUUGUACUGAUAUUCAAAAAAUGUUAAUGCAGCAAGUUUUGUUGUAGUUGAUCGCAACUACAGAAAAAAGAUUAUUUUAUUAAUAAAAGUGCAUGUUACUUAAUUUUUUGUUGUUGUUCAGGCUACCAUUAUGUUAUCAUAUCAUAUUCGUUAGGUAUAUACAAAGAGGCAGU